GUGGAAUCAUCUUCAUAAUCGGAUCUUCAUUCCCCGAAACAGCGUUGCAACAAAGAAGCCAUAGCAUAGUUGACCUUAUGUAUAAAAGUGUGAAGGUUGCAAUUGAUAUGAGGUAUUCACAUGCAGCGAGCAUCUUUACCAGCACAAAAGCAUUUGCAGCAUUUCCCAGUCCAUCACAUUCAUCAAGUUCAUUCUCAAAAUGUCAAAACUACUCGUUAUUGUAGGCGUCACGGGUAACCAGGGAAGGGGAGUGGCAGAAACAUUCCUCAAAGACCCAACAUGGAAGAUCCGAGGCACGAGUCGGGACCCAACUAAAGAAUCAAGCCAAGAUCUUGCAGCAAAAGGCAUCGAAAUCGUUUACGGGGAUGUCGAUGAUGUCGACUCCCUGAAGAAAGCUUUCAAAGGCGCCAACUUGAUUUUUGGCGUUACUGCUUUCGACAAUAUGCGAAUCAUGUUUCCUUCAGAAGCUGACCUUGCAAGCCUCAAACCGAACCAGACAAUAAGAGAGCUCCCUUUUGAAGUCGAAGUGCAGCAGGGGAAGAAUAUUGCUGACGCCGUUGCCACCGUUGGCGAUAGUCUGGAGCUCUUCGUCUUUUCCGCUCUUUCAAAUGUGAAGAAGUGGUCCAAGGGGAAGUACACUGGCGUCUACCACUUUGACAGCAAGGCUACAGUGGUGGAGUAUAUCAAUGAGAAGUAUCCUGAAGUGGCAAAGAAGAUGUCAGUUCUCCAGAUGGGGUUCUUCUUCCAGAAUUGGAAAUUUGGUCAAGUUGGCAUGCCUUGGGAGAAGCGCCCUGGUGGUUCCAUGCUCCUUCGUAUCCCUGGCGAUGGGAAUAUGCCUGUUCCAAUCGUACACCCCUCCGAUGCAGGUGUUUUCGUCCAAGCCCUCGCUAAACUUCCGCCUGGGAAGAAUCUCAUCGCAUACGCUAAUCUCAUAACAUGGGAAGAAUACGUCAAACUCUGGAGUAAAGUCACUGGAGUUCCAGCUGCAUUUGAGAAAGCGACUAUUGCGGACCACGACAAGAUAGUACCAGGAGGGCUGGGUGAGGAAGUUGGGGAAAUGUUUGCUUAUGCUCAGGAAUUUGGAUACUGGGGAGGAGAUGAUAAGAGUGUGACUUUCACUAAGGAUUUGGGUGUAGAAGUGAGGGUAACGAAGGCUGAGGACUACAUCAAAAACGAGGAUUGGUCUGAGUUACUCAAUAGACCUGUACCAAACAAUUAGAAUAAUUGGUUGCAAUAGGAUCGCAAUACUACGCAAUAGCUGGGAAUGGUCCUUUGGAAACAGAAGAGACGGGAGGGACAGGGGCCUCCCUCGUAAUGGAAGGCCGGCGGCCGAAUUAGAUUCAUCGUAUCGGCUUGGUCUAGGCUGCAGAACUUGUAACCUUUUUUAUUGGCGGACAUGUUCCUAUUAAGUCCAGAGUCGCUAUGUUUCGAACCCUUUGCUGUCUUCAUUGUUGGAUUUUUCUUUUUAGGCAGCAACGUUCUUCCCGCGCUCUGGUCUGCAUCGACAGGAUAUAGUCUCUGGUCUA